CUGUAAGCGUUGCCUCGUUUCUCUUCCCGCAUCCCAUCGCACAGGAGAGGAGAGCUCUCACCGGCGGGCGGCGGCGGCGGCGGAGAAUCAGCAGAGAUGCCGCACCGCGCUCGCCCCAUGACGGGGCUGCUGGUGUUCAUGGGCGUCAACGUCGUCCUCCUUAGCACCAUCACGCCCGUCUACGACUUCGUCUGCUUCCAUCCCUACUGGGACCGCAGGAGAGAACGCCGUGCAAGGGAACGUGAAGCGCUGCAGGUCAAGGGUUCUCUAGAAACUGCAAAAUAAACUUUACUAGGUAUCUGCUUACAUUGUUAGCUUAUCACACCCUCGAUUCUUCAUUUAUGUGGGAUGGUGAAAGUUCGACAACAAGUUACAUCAAGGUUUUUCAUUCUCGGUAGGUCAUUAGAUCUUGUUGCAGUACGCUCCUUCAGAAUAUGUCAGUUCUUUGUAAUGACAAACUGAGGAACACAAGAUGCGGCGCAAUUAUUUCUCAAAACUACACUGUUAUGAAACUUUUGUCAACUUACCAUUUGCAUCUGGCUGUAACAUAAGUACAUAGAACCAUCUAUUUCGGUUCAGAUCUGUUGUAACAUAAGUACAUCGUUUCA